UGCCGAGAGAUAAUUGAUGUCAUGCUAAUGAAAAACGGGAGAUGUUGAUUGGUGAGUGUGUGCAUGAGACAGGGAUGUUAACUUUCUCGCAGAUUGAACUUUCAAAAUUUGAUCUGUUUUCUUUCUUUAGCCUUUAUCUGCCGACAAAAACUCUGAGGACCAUAAAGAGAGAGUGUUGAGUAGUCUGACAUGUAACACCGUAUUCAAACACUUCACUUUGUUUCUCUCCUUUUUCUUCUUCUUCUUGCUAAUCUUCUCAGCUUCACUCUCUUGCUCAUGGACAUGGAUGUUUGCAGAAAUGUAUCAGUUUCUAGUGAGUGUCAGCAAGAGCUUCCCACCCUUGAUGACCUUUUCUCACAUCAGAACAUGGAAGAGGAUUUUGGCAUGGAAUGGUUGUCUGUGUUUGUGGAAGACUGUUUUUCCAGUAAGCCAAGUUGCCUCUUGGCACCCCCUGGUGUUGAAACCACAAGUCCUAGCACCAAGCCUUCAAGCACAAUGCAAAGACCCCAACAAAGUUACUGCCCUCUGCAGAAUUUUUCUGUGCCAGGGAAAGCGAGGAGCAAGAGGAAGAGGCUAUCAGCACCAAGGACAAAACACACUCUAAGCACUUGGUCACAUAAUUUCAGCACUCAAGUGUUGAGUUCUGACCCUCCUCUCUUGAAACAAGCCUAUUGGUUGGCUGAUAGUGAACUCAUUGUCCCAAAGAAGAAGGAUGAGCAAGAAGUGAAAGUGGAGAUUGUGGUUAGGAAGGAGAAACUGGGGGAGUAUUGUGAUGAGGGUGAAGUGAACAAUAGUAGUAAUAAUAAUAAUGGGCAGCACCCAAUUCCAAGAAGGUGCACACAUUGUCUGGCUCAGAGGACCCCACAGUGGAGGGCAGGACCAUUGGGUCCAAAGACACUAUGCAAUGCAUGUGGUGUGAGGUACAAGUCUGGAAGGUUGUUGCCAGAGUAUAGGCCAGCCAAGAGCCCUACUUUUGUUAGCUAUUUGCAUUCAAAUUCACACAAGAGAGUCAUGGAGAUGAGAAUGAGUGUUCUAUCUACUCAGAAGUAGUCAAGUGAUGUUACUGCAUACUUUUCAUGUACAACCAAACAUCAAAAUCAAGGAACAGAUUAUUUGGAAACAGAUAUUAUGAGCCAUAUGAAGCACACAUUCAAAAGUACUGAAACAAGUGCAGAUUAUAGCUUGUAAUAUGCAAGGAAAGGAAGAACUUUUGUUUUUUCAUUUCCCCAUUUUUACUCAAAUCAUGGUUUGUGAGUUUAAAUUAUGUUGAAUUAUUCAACUGUUGGUUUGCUAAAUCUGUCACAACCCAUUUAUCCAAACUUGUACACUACAGAUUGCAAUUCAGAAUCCAAAGUUGAAAACCAGUUAUCUAUGUUAUACAAUUCAA